UUUAUUUAUGAAAGCUGUUGUAUCAUUAAUAAGAAAACCAAAAAAACGUUUAUAAAAAAAAAGAUUAGUUAGAAUUCUUCAGAAUAUCUUUUAAAACUUAUGAUCUGGUUUUAGUUGAUCCACACCGCUUCCCAGUAAUUCGUUCUUCUUUAGAUACCUUUUAGAGUAAAAUGUCUAGGUUGCCCAGUAAUACCUCUGGUGAUGAAUCUUUUGACUUUCUUUUCAAAAUUGUUGUGAUUGGUGAUUGUGGGAUAGGAAAAACUAGUUUGGUCCAACGAUUUAAAUCUGGUAUUUUUACUGAAAGAUAUACAAAUACGAUUGGAGUUGAUUUUGCUAUGAAAACAGUCAUCAUUGAAGGGAAACGUGUUAAGUUACAAAUCUGGGAUACAGCUGGGCAAGAGAGAUUUCGAACAAUUACUCAAAGCUACUACAGAUCAGCAAAUGGUGUAUUUUUAGUUUAUGACAUCACCAAAAGAUCAUCUUUUUUAAGUCUACAAAAAUGGAUGGAAGAGAUCCGGAGGUUUACAGCAAGUAAUAUAUCUUGGAUUCUCAUUGGUAAUAAAUGUGACAUGGAUUCAUUACGUGAAGUAGAACAAGUAGAAGCCCUUGCCUUGGCGGAGCUCAUUCCUGAGAUUGUAUUGGUAUUGGAAACAUCAGCAAAAGACAAUACCAAUGUAGAGCAAGCAUUUGUGGAACUAGCCACUGAAUUGAAGCAUAAACAAGGUGGAAUAGGAAUAUAUGAUGCUGACCAGGAAGAAGUUUUUAACUUAAAUAACAAAAGAAUACUGCAGUCCACAAAACAGUGCUCAGCAUGUUCAAUUUAGUGUAAAAUGUAUGAACAAUGUUUUACUUCUAGCAAA